AUGUCGAGUUCUUCAUCGGCAAAAGUGACCUUCAAAAUAACUUUAACCAGCGAUCCAAAAUUGCCAUUCAAAGUUUUAAGCGUCCCCGAAGGUACGCCAUUCACAGCUGUCCUGAAGUUUGCUGCGGAAGAGUUCAAAGUACCAACUGCAACGAGUGCCAUAAUAACGAACGAUGGUGUAGGUGUUAAUCCAGCGCAAACAGCUGGUAAUGUUUUCUUAAAACAUGGCUCUGAAUUAAGGCUCAUACCAAGGGACCGUGUUGGAGCUGCUUUAUUCUGA